AUGGAUGAAUCAGUGGCACAAUCUCCCAAACAACAGACACCCACAGAUAAUUCCCCAACUUCUGCAAUUCCAAUAGCAGCAGAUAACAAUGAUACGCAAGUAGCCGAAAUAACCGUACAAAUUGAAUUGAAAGGAAAAGAAUCGACAGCGAACAAUUUUAUUUAUUGGAUUCAUAAGGAAAAUUCGGAUUUACAAGGCUUCGUGGAGCAGGUACAACGUCGAGACCAGGAAUUGCGAAGGGAUACUCCUUCGGAGGUUUUCGUAUCUCCAACAUUUUGUGGAACUUCGGGAAUACCACCUGCUGGAGUACCACAUGUACCAGCCUCCGCUUUCAUUUCAUCAGCGUUAAAGCAAGCAAAACACGUUGAUACUCAAAUUGAAGAUAAGAAUCUUUUUCCCGAGCAAUCUGUUCAUAAGCAAUAUAGUACCAAGGAUUUUUCAAGCUACCCGAAGAUUUUGGAAGAACAGGUUUCAAAAUUGCCAACUUCAAUGGCCAUAUCAACUUCGGCAGUAUCAACAGGCGAGAAUCCUAUAGAAAAUACACCAAAGAACGAAAAUGGUUUCAUUUUCUACAAGUGUCGUUUCUGUGGACUUACUUACAACUAUUUAACAACAUUACGAGCUCAUGAACGAGUGCACAAUAUUGAUGAGCCUUAUAAGUGCAAUCGUUGUUCGGAAUCAUUUCAUUAUCUAUGUGAAUUGGAGUACCACGCCAAACAGCAUACCGAUUUGAAGGGUUACAAAUGUGAAUGUGGCAGAACAUUCCAUUCGUACACCGAUCUACUGUAUCAUAAGCAUCCAGGGGAUGAGGAUGAAGAAUCCGUUACUGCAACGGCGCCCACUGCUCAAAAAUCACCUAUUCCAGAAAAUGAUUUCCCCAUACCAGAAUUUAUGGAGAAAGGGUUUGAACCGAAGCAUCCUUUAAAAGUUUAUUCUGAUGUGCGCCUCAAUCCAUACAUUUGUCAGUAUUGCUCGAAAAGUUAUCCAAACAGUCGCAUGUUAGCAUAUCACAUGUAUGGACAUCGAGGUGAAAAGAUAUUCAAUCCCCGUGCUUCAAGAUAUCUGAUGGCACGCACCGAGAACUCCUAUAUCAGUCCAGGACCUUGA